AUGAUGAAUCCGGACGUGACGCUCGGCAGGAUUUUUGUCCUAGGCUGCAGACAAAUUCCUUCUCUUGGUCCAUCAGAUUUUACGCAGCACAGAGUUUUGCACCCAGUUGUAAAAUUGAAUGCGAAUGUGCCGAAUUAUGACAACGAGAAACUACUGCCACAACUCACAAACGAAGUUUUAUACAAUCUUGACGAAGAUGGAGCUAGUGAAUGUUGGCACCAUUUUGUAACUCUCUUUUCAAGUUUCAAAUUCAAGCAUGCUUCAGAGUCUUUGUAUCUCGCUGGGCUGUGGAUGCGUAAUCUUCCGAGUGACCUUUGCUGGUGGGUCAAGGUGAUUGAAGGCAAUUGUGUUCCUUCAAGAGCGAAACCGUACAGGGCUCCUACUUGGUCGUGGGCUUCUGUCGAUUUUGAAGGAGAAUCACCUUGUAGCCCGGUUGUUUAUCAUUCAAACUUUGGAGAGAAGUUUGAACAAUCUGCAAAAUUUUGUAUUCGUUAUGCUGCGACUCAGAUUGCGCCACCAGCCGUGGGACGAUCCGUAUAUGGUUCAGUUUGUGAUGGAUUAAUACGAAUUAGAUGUAUCCUCAUUGCAGCCCAGAUCUUUACGCACCCAUACUUGGAAUUCGACGCCAGACAUACUAUUCAGUUUUUAGAAGCAGAUGCAUUAGACGAAGACUACGAUCCUUAUUUCUGGCCAAAUGUCUAUCUCGACGUUCAGGGUUCCUUCGAAUCGAUAAUGAGUAAGCUCUCCCCGGCUGCUAAUAUUCUUGACCUGCCCAUCGCCGGAGAUCUUGAAGACAAGUUGUCUGCUAUGAACGUAGACGUGGUUGAAGACAAGACCCAAGAAGAUUACUUGUGCUCAGAUACAAAAGUAUGGAUUUGUAUGGUGGGAAAUAUUGUUGACAGCGGGAUAUGCGCACUUGUAUUGAAAGAGCAUGAAAGGGCGAAUUUUCGACGGUUUAAAAGAGUAGGAUAUUUGCACAAUAGGGUUGGAGCCGUUGGCUUUGAGAACUACGGCUGGCAUAACAAUUUUAUGCGAAGGGCUGAGAGGGCGGGGCAGAUAGUCAUUGAGAUAGUGUAA